UCUUGACUGUAUAUUUUGUUUUUAUUGGUCAUUGCAUCGAGUGAGCACUGUUUGCCUGCCACUUUCUUCGCCUCCCUCCCCCUAUAGUGCCGGCGACAGAUAGACAGAGGAGCAAAGGAGACAUAAACAAGUGCAUCGCAUUUGGCAAGAGCCGCAGCGUCAUCAUCAUCAUCGUUUCUCGCAUCGAUAUUAAUUAAGUGAAUUUACAUUUAUGUACUCGCACUCGCUUUCUCAUUCACGUGCUGCCACCAAAGGGAACAACAACAAGUGAUGGCGCAGCGGAACUAACUGUCGCCCAAAAAGGACAUCGGCACAAAGAAGAGUAGAGCAGAGCAGGAAAAGGAAAGAGGAAACACGCCCAUUGGCAGGACAGAAAAAGAAGACGAACGUAUAGUACAUACUCUCGUACAUAUGCAAACGUCCUUGGCUCGUGGACGUCAGCAGCGGAAGUGGAGGAGGCAGCAGGACGAAGGAUAGGUGACGUCUGACAACAGGAACAACAAACAACGGGAACAACACAACACAACAAACGACAAACGCAAUUACUGUAAAAGGUGCGCCCCAACAAGAUGGCAACAACAGAAGCAGUAGCAGCAGCAGGAGGUGGAGGAGGAGGAGCAGGUGGCCCCAGUGGAGGAAGCGGAGGAGAAGCCAGUGACAUCGGUCUAGGCAGCGGCAUCGGCAUCGAGAUGCUCAAGGCGCUGUACGACUUCCAGGCGGUCUAUCCCAAGACCAUCAGCUUCGAUGAGGGCGAGUACUUCAUUCUGUACCAGACAUCCGCCCGCCAGCGCAAUUGGUGGCAGGUGGUCAGCAUGAAGGGCAACAUUGGAUUUGUGCCCUCCAAUUACGUAAUGAAGAUAAAGGUGGAGCACGACUUCCUCAUCAGCUUUCUGAACUCCUCGAUAGAAUCGCUGGAAAAGUGCACGGACCAUGAGAUCAAUGGCAUCAUGUCCAAGGACGAGCUGCUCGAUAGGCUGCGCGAGAAGAAACACACCAUGGAGCGACUCUAUGCGGAGAGCUCCGAGCGUGAUGGCGACUCCUCGCUGUCCUACUCGUACAGCUACAGUGACAAAGGCAGCCACCGGCACUCGCAUCCCCAUCCCACCCAGUCCCAGACGCAUCUACAUUCCCAGCACAGACAGCACAGUCCGCCGCCCAGCGGCAGUGGCGGUGGCUCCCAGCGCCUGGACAUGAGCAAGAAGAGCAUGUCCAGUCCGGCUGUGGGCUCCUCGUGCGGCCUGCCCCAAGGCCAGGGCAUGAUCGAGUCGCCCAGCAUGGGCAGCAUGCAGUUCCAGGGCAGCAGCUGCACAAUCCAGACGCCGCAGCAGCAACAGCCGCUCCCAGCACCGCCAGCCCCGGCUCCAUCGCCAUCGCCAGCUCCAGCUUCAUCCACACCCACUGCAUCGACUUCGGCUUCGGCUUCGGCAUCAUCAUCGAGCAAAGCGGCCGCGUCCGCUGGCGGGGAUGUGGCGCAAGACAAUAGCAUCACUUCGGAGCCCUCGGAGACGACAACGACCACUACGACGACCAGCGAAGAUGUGGUCACCACAUACAAAGAGACCAGCCAGAUGAGCAUUAGCCAGCAGCACAAGCCUGCGAACGGCAGCACUGCCUCUGCAUCCAUUUCCGCAUCUGCCUCGGCCUCGAAUUUGCGCAGCAGUGCAGGGAAUGGCAACGGCAACGGCAGCACGGCCGGCCUGCACCAGGAGCUGCAGCAGGAGGAGGCGGACAGUGCGCCGGACAAGUCGGAUGAUGCCAGCGCCGUGCCGAGUGACGAUGGCUGCCAGGCCAAUGGCGAUAGUGCGGACAAUAGCCAGGCGCUGGACAGCAUCGACAGUCCGUCGCAUCGGCAGCGGGGCCUGAGUCUGGGCCGGAUUGAGGAGGGGGCCACUGGGGGCGGCCAGCUGAAGGUGGAGUCCUCGGAUGUCUAUCAGAUUGUGGACGCCCUGCGGCGGAACACAAACCUCAGCUUCGACCUGUCCUGCGAGGCGUUGCGUGUGGUGUUGACCAGCCUGGAGCAGCUAUACAACGGGGCCAUCAAUCCAUAUCUGGAGGCAGUGGCCGUCCACGUCACCGGUAAGGUAGCCACGCCCAAGGAGCUGCUGGGCAUCACGCACGACGCCAAGCGGCUGCAGUACCUCUUCGCCCAGCUGGCCGACUGCAAAAACGACACGGAGCAACGCACCUGGAUGCUCUACGAGGACGAGGAGGACAUCAUACAGUUCCUCGAGGAGCUCGUCGAGAUUCUGAUCAAUGCUGAUGAGAGCAUUAGCUGCUACGAGAUGUCCUGCGACCAGUAUCAGAUGUUCAUCAACCUGGUGCAAUACUACCAGAUGGAGACGCGCUGGUCCAUCAAGCGACUGCUGCUCAAGACCUUCACGGCCGCCUGUCAUUUGGACUAUAUAAUUGUGGACAUAUUGCUGACCUCGGUGCUUCCACUGGAGAUUGUCGAGGACAUGAAGACGCACUUCUCCAAUCUGGAGCGCUUCAAGCAGCUGGUCAAGAUGCUGACCAUCAUCUUCUCACUUGGACAGCCCAUGCCGGUCAACCAUCAAGACUAUUUGGGCGUCCAUUUUGCCAGCUUUCUGCUGGAAAUCGUCGAGGGGAACAAUCCGGAGCUCUUGGUGGAUAUGGUUAUUGCCUUGAUAUUGGCAUUCAACCAGCAAUUCAGCGAGCACACCUUUAACGUCAUCAUCGAGGGCAUGCAGAACCUGCCCUCCGCCAAGGUCUUUACGGAGAAGCUUUUGCUUCUGCUCAAUCGAGAGGAUGAUCCCACACGAUUGCUGAAGCAUCCCAAUGAGCAAAUGAACACGGUGCUGCGAAUGUUCAUCGACAUAUUCAGCCAUCCGGAUACGGCCGGCAUGUUCUACACGAACGACAUCAAAGUGCUAAUCGAUAUAGUGGUGCGGCAGCUGUCCGAUUUGGAUGCCGGUAGUUCGACGCGACCCUGCUAUUUGGAGUUGUGUCGACGCAUCCUGCGCAACACGAAUUACCAGGAGCACCAGCACCGCAAGCACGACCUCAUGAAGAUCUUCACGCGCAUCUUUUGCGAGGAGACCGAAUGCAGUGCCUCCGAUCAGCAGCUUGUCCGGGAAAUUGCCAACGAGUUUCCGCAGCUGUUCAAGGCCUAAGCAAACAACCAAAAAUCAAACAAACCAAAACACAGAUGGAAACCAAAAUUGUAAAGCGUUGCUAGUGAGUGAAUUGUUAUGCAUUUGUUUAGCGUAUCGGUCUCGGAUAGUCCUCAGAACUCGAAGGGGAACACACACGCGACUCUACAUAUAUCUUAUGAACAUAGUCUGUAAGCAGGACAAAUGUACUAGUUGCAUGUGGAGUAGAUGCAACCUCAUAGAGAUACCUAGUAGCGAUGAUAUCUGCGUAUCCGGUAACAUCUAGGCGAAGAAUGAAAGGAAGCUAUAGCCAUAACCUUAGUCUAACUAUAAAUUGUCCCCAGUAUAGGAUGAUUUCACUAAUUUAGAAUUUAGCCAAGGACAAUUUUAGCCAGAAACAGAAACAGAGUCGGAGAUCAGCCUCAAUUUUAAAUUUUUAUAGUUAUAAUUGCCAAUUUAUUUGGAAUUUAAAAUUUUGAAAAAAGAAACCAAAAAAGGAGAAGGAGGAACGUUCGAAGAAUAAAAUAUUUAUAGCCUAAUUAUACACCUAUAAUGAAAAUGCGAAUGAAACGUUAAUUGCAAUCUACAAUUAAACACUUGAUAUAUUAACGAUGUACGAGAAAAUAUUUGCAGCUAGCAAAUUCCAAAUCGAUUCGAAUGUAACGAGCAUAUAAUGUUAAAUUUGUUUAUAUAAUCUAUGAGGAGAACUAAGCCGAACAGGAAAUCAUUGACAAUUGUUAAAGCUCAAAUACAUAUUAAUUGGAGGCUAAGGAGGCUGGAAAUCGAAAGAGAAAACUCAGCAGAAAGCAUUGAAUGUAUGAAUUUGCAUUUCUCCCUUACUAAAAGACACACACACACACAGUGGCGAAUGCAUUUUGAGGAGUUAGAGAAAAUUCUUUAUGAUAUUAGGAAAGAUUAAUUGCUUAGUAAUUACAUUUAUUUAUUUGUAUUAUUUAUAACUGCAUAUUAGUUUCUUAGCUCCUGCAUACGCCACUUUUUCUCUAUAUCUAUCUCACUAUUUCUCAAACUAAAUAAGAAAACAAAGUUCCCAGCGGAUCUUUGGAAAGAUACAUACCUUUAAAUGUAUUUAUUAUUGAAUGGUGAAAACAAUUUAGAUUUUUUCAAAAGUGAUUUUGAAGGAUUUUUCUAUUAACCUUAUUUUUAAGCAGUAUUAUAAGAUACAUUGUAGUUAUUUUUUAAGGUUGGUUCGAAAAGGCUUACUAUCAAGCAUAAACAUAUUUAUUUCUGUCCUACCGUUUUAAAUCUUUCAUGAUCCGCUGGGAAUUGCUAUAUCUAUCUCUAUAAACACAUACACCCAUCUACAAACAUACAUAGUUUUAGACAGAUUUCAUUGGCCUUUUUUGUUAUUGUUACGUCACAGUUACCAAAAGCAAAAAGAUUUCAGAAAAACUACAACGAAAUUAAAAUAAAAAGUAAAAAAUAAAA